AUGCACGACCUCACUAGAGGGGCCUUGACCUCGAUCGGCAUCAAUGUCGAGACCAACACCACUAGGGCAUUUGCCCUCGAAAUUUCCCCCACUGCUACAAUCUUCUAUCUUUUGACCCUGAAGCUCUGUUAUAGUACAUACCUUAUAACAAGCAUCCUUAAGAAUCUGUUCGUAUCUUUCAGAGAACUACAAGAACCCAUUUUUAACCGCCACGAUGCCGUAAGUCAGCCUCUCAACUUUUACUUCACCUCGUCUGUUGCUAAGCCAUUCCUCGCCUGCAAUAGGGAAAAGCCUCACAUCACCGCCGUCUUUCUCGGCCACCUCGAUCACGGCAAGUCCACUACCGCUGAUCAACUGAUCUACCAGUAUGGCAGGGUCAGCGGAAAUCCCAUCGCGGAGUACGGAAGUAUGCUUUCUCUGUCUUCAGAUCUCUUGUGUGCGGGUGCUAGGCCACAUGAUAACCAUUCCCCACAGGAAGCUGGUCCCUCGUACAAGUACGGAUGGGUCAUUGAGAAGUUGAGGGCUGAACGUAAGCGUGGGAUUACUAUUGACAUCUCCCUCUGCACCUUCGAGACCCCUAAAUUUGUGGUCACCGUCAUUGACGCUCCUGGCCAUCGUGACUAUAUCAAGAAUACGAUCACCGGUGCCUCUCAGGCCGACUGCGCGAUCCUCGUCACUUCUGCUACCAAUGGUGAGUUUGAGGCCGGUGUGGAUCAAGGUGGCCAAAGUCGUCAACACCUUGUACUUGCAUAUACUCUAGGGGUCCGCCAGCUUAUUGUUGCCGUGAAUAAGAUGGAUACACCUAGGUAUACCGAUGACUGCCUCAAUGAGAUUGUCAAGGAGACCUCCGAUUUCAUAAAAAAGAUCGGCUAUAAUCCUAAGGCAGUGGCCUUCGUCCCUAUCUCUGGCCUUUACGGUGAUAAUCUAGUGGAGGAGUCUCAGAAUAUGCCCUGGUUCAAGGGCUGGACAAGUGAGACCAAGUACGGCGUUCUGAAGGGCAAAACCUUGCUUGAUGCCAUCGACGCCUUGGUAACCCCGUCGCACCGCAACGCUACUAAUAAGCCCUUAGGUCUACCCAUCCGGGAUGUUAAAGAGGUACCCGACAUCGGUACUGUGCUGGUCGGCCACUGGAACUAUUACGCCUGCAUGGAGCUAACCACCGCCCCGACCAAUAUCACUGCUGAAGUGGUAUCUAUCGAGCGUAAUGACGAGGAGCUCCAUGCAGGUCAUGCAGGUGAACACGUCAGCGUUCAUAUCAUAGAGGUUGAGGAGGAGAUCCUCCCCGGCUAUGUCGCUGGUGACCCUAACAAUGACCCCCCGGCGAGUGUUGCCUCCUUCAGUGCCCAAGUUAUCAUUCUGAGCCACUCUGGCGAGAUCAGUCCUGGCUAUACCGCGACUGUAGACUGCCUUACUGCCCAUAUUCCCUGUAGGCUCUCGAGGAUCCUGCACAAGAAGGACCGCCGUACUGGCAGGCCGACCGAACAGUCACCUGAUUCUAUCAAGGUGGGUGACUGCGCCAUUGUCGAGAUGGUUUCCACCAAGCCCAUGUGCGUUGAGCCCUACAGCAAAAACCCCUGUCUUGGACGCUUCAUUAUUCGUAAAUAG